CCUUUAACGUUGGUGUUUAGUCUUCCACUAUAACCAACGAAGAAGAACGUAUUUCCGUGUUAGAUUCAUGUUCUGUAGCCUUUGCGUAUUAAAUAUCUUUAAAUUAAAGUUUGAGUCGGUGGGUCCGAAAGAAGCCUUGAGUUAUUCUAACUAUAUAAACAACACGUUAUUGAUCCCAUCUUAAUUCAAGCCACCUGUGCUAUUCACGUUGCUGACAGUCUUGUUUACAUUUACGCCUGCUAGCAAGCUACUUCUACUACUGAAGGGUGUGUUUGGAAAUUACUCUUCCAAACAAACCCUCUGUACUUUUUUGUGCCAGGAUGCUGCUCAUUGUCCUGGUAUUGAGCCUGGCAUUAUCUGCUGCAGGACAGCAUGUGGAGGACGACUGGAUAGACCCUUAUGAUAUGCUCAACUACGAUGCAAGCACCAAGACUAUGAGGAAGCCUGCAGAGCCAGCAAACUAUCCCAAUGUGCCAACCAAAAGAAGAGAGUACAAUGAGGAUUCAAACCAGGCUGAGCAGAUGCAGUGUGACACUCAAGUGAAAGAGCUCCAAAGUCAGGUUAACGAUCUACAGAAGAAAAUCACCCUCAUCUCACAGCAGCCCACAUGCAACCCAGUGUUCAAGCGAUUCCUCAGCAGACUCUUGAAAGAGAUACAAAGAGUUGGUAUGCCCAGUGACUCUGUUGACGUCUUUUAUGAUGCCAAAAUCAAACUGUCCUCACAAGCCAUGACAGAGAUUCAGAAACUUCUGGAGGGUGAGGACACUUGGAGGACAGGAGCUCUGGACAAUGCCAUCAGUCAAGUACUGGUGGAUCUCAAACCACAUGAAUAUGAGGCGUGGAAGUGGCGCUUUGAAGACACAUUUAGUGUGGAGCUGGACACACUAUUAAAAAUGGGGCUGUUAUUUCUCGUCUUAAUUGGCAUCAUAUGCACUCAGCUGUGGUCUACAGUGUCCAGGUUUAUGCAGUUCCGCAGGAUGCUCUUUGUUGGCUUCAUCGUCAGUAUAGUCUGGAAUUGGUUUUACUUAUACAAGACUGAAUUUGCUAAGCAUCAAAACAACUUAGUGAAGAGUAACAGCAACUAUGAGAAAUGCACUGGAAUCAAGAGUGUUGACUGGACAGAUAGCAUUAAAGAGUGGUACAGAAGCACUUGGACCCUUCAGGAUGACCCUUGUAAGAAAUACUAUGAAGUGCUGAUUGUCGACCCUUUUUGGUUGGUACCUCCUACAAAGGCGUUUGCAGUAACCAUAACAACUUUCUUCACUGAACCACUGAAGCACAUUGGCGAAGGUAUCAGUGAAUUUCUCCGAGCCCUUCUCAAAGAUCUACCAAUCACCCUGCAGCUCCCAGUUCUCCUCACCAUUGUGCUCGCCAUCGUUGUAUUUAUGUAUGGUGGUGUCAAUGCAGCCUUCCAGCAUGGCAUCACUGCACCUUUCCGCCGCUCUCGAAGGGAUCCACCUCCCCCACAGCUUGGACCACGGCGUCACGUCCAGGAGAUUGAGGACGCAGACCAUCUAGCUGAAGGGGAUGCACCUCAACAAGCCCUCAGACAUCAAGCCCAUGAUGCCAGAUUACACAGGAAUCAGGUUAAUCAGAGGAGGCCCAAUAGACCCAGGGAGCAGCGAGCCGAAGUGCUCGUGGAGACACUACACACUGCAGGGCUAAGUGACAGUGAGGAUGAGACGGAUGCUGGGCUGCGCGAGGAGGAGCAGAAUCUCUCUACCGAGCCAGAUUCUGAUACCCAGCAAGAGGCACAUGAGGAGAUGGUAGAAAGGACGAGUGAUAGCAAAGUUUCUGCUGAUAAAAACAAAUCGAACACUAAACCCACUAAAUCACCAUCAUCUCAGUCUAAAAAUAAACCUUUAAAAAGGGGUGAAAGACCAGCUCAUGAUGAAUCCAGCAGAGACAGUGCAGCAUCUAGACCUCAACCAGAGGAGAGGAGACCUUCACAUAAUGAUUUCCAGGACCAGCAAGCAGAAGACAAGACCCCCUCUGUCUCACGGACACAUGUGGAAACUGUUGGAGUUCCUGUUCAGGAGUCCUCUUCGACAUUAGCAGAUUAGCCAGAUUCCACAUCAGUCAGAGUGGAUCCAAUACUUUGAUCAUGCUUGAUGCUUUUUGCUGGACUGCGGAAUUGAUGACGGGAGGAUAAUGUUUUGACUGAUUUACAGACAUUGUUUACAUGUGGAUGUACAUGUUAAAAAAACUUGAUGGAUUUAGUGUUUCAUAUGACUUUAUCCUCACUUAUGUGCUUGUAAACUUGUAGUGCCUUCCCUCAGCAGGGCCUCCAGCCAAUACUGCUUCUUUUCUGCUCAUUAUCAACUGCAUAUCCUCAGUUACAAUGAGCAAAACAUUUAAUUUUGCACUGCACAAGUGUCAGGAAUAACAGAAAUCUUCAUAGAUUCAGGGCAUUUAGAACCGUUGAAGUAUUUAAUUACUCAUGUUUUUUUUUUCUUUUUGUUAAGUUGAAAUAUAUACUCUGAAUUUGUAAUAUAAAAAAGGGAAAAAGUAUUCCUCAAUGCUGUCAUUUUUACAGUAAGAUAUUUUUGUGUCUGUCAACAAUUUAUGUAUAAAAGUUUUGUAAUAAUGCUGAGCAGCAGCUACGAAUAAUGACAAAUGGCAAAGUAAUGGGUAUUUAUCAGUAAAACAAUUAAAUGACAAUGAAUUUG